AUGCAAAUGAAUCUACGACCCAAAGUGCGCAAGAUGUCCACCUACGACCUCGGGAUGAGUGACCCGUCCAUCCAUACUGGGUCGUUCGAGUCGCAGGUGACGCCAGAGGGCCAGGCAGAGGAACUGGAGGACCCUGAGCCCCCGCCCUGCCUGCACGGGGCCUUCCACUGGGUAACAGGCGACACUCAAUACCUCACGGACUUUCUCGAACGGUGGCCUCUCCUGUCCCCAGUCCUUCCUCUACGCCUCCUCAACGCCAUCCUGAGGACUCUAGGGGCGCCUCUGCUAGCCAACAACCCCUUCAGCGGCGCCCUUGUCCUCGCCGCCCUGCUGAUUGAGGCACCCUUAGUGGUUAUCUGGGGCACAGGGGCGCUCUUGGUUGCUUUUCUAACCGCCCUUCUUCUUCGUCAGCCGCAACAUAUCGUCUCCAGUGGUCAGGUCACGCAGCAUGGCCUCCUCCUCGGGUUGCUGGUAGGGCACGCCAUGCACUCUCGGCUCCCUGGUAAUGGGCUUGUUAGUGGUGCGGCGCGGCAGGGUUCGGGUCUCGCUGGUGUGACGGCCUCUGCUCUCCUUCUUGGGGUUUUGGCGGCUGUUAGCAGUGUCCCAUCAGUAUCCUAUCCCAACAGUGCCCUAAGCCUGACCAUGCCCUACGUGCUCAUUGGGACACCUCUCUGCGCCUCACUGGGCUUCAGGGAUGUCGCGGAGCCCACAGGUGUACCGGAUGUCACCGCCCUGCCCUCCGCCGCCGCCCCUGUUGUCUCUGUCCCAGCCACGCCCGUUCUAGUGGAUGGUUUGGUUAAUGUGACCGUCAGACCAACGUCACAGCAUCUACAGUGGACUCUGGUCCUACAGGGCGUGGUGCGAGGGGCAGGACAAGUGUAUGGGUGUGAGGGCCUUGUGUCUUCGGGCCUUGUUUUCGCUGCUACGCUUGUCUUCUCCCCUACAGUCUUCGGCCAGGCCCUCCUUGGCACCCUCACUGGCGCCCUCUGCGGCACACUGCUGGACGAGCCGCCCUACACAGCUCUAUACGCGGGGCAGUACGGGCGUCAUAGCCUCCUCACAGCCCUGUCCCUUGGUGGGUUUUUCUUCGUGCUAAACACCUACUCCACUCUGGCGGGCGUGUUUGGCGGAGUCCUCGCCACGCUGCUCUUCCACGCCCUCAGGAAGAGUCCUUUAGCGGUCUUGACAACACCUCACGUCAUCUCAACAUUAAUAUUCCUCCACGCCAGGCUAAGAGGAGGCCUACUAAAGAGGGUGGACUUAAUCUAUCUUUCAUUCCCUGAGAUGCAUCGGAGACUGUUCAGGCCUGGCAACGCCGUGGAGGACUUCGUGUUGGCCUAACUUGGCCCACGAACGGCUAUGCUCUGACGUCAUUCCUCUCUCCUUCACCCAUAUGAGCUGGUUGUGUGCAUUAAUAGGAGACCAAGUAUGCAUGUUAGUGGGAUUGCCAAGGGGUGUUUGCUGGUUCCGAUAGUGUUCUGAAAGGUUGUAGUUGGUGUUGUUAUGGUUUUCAGGGUGUUUUCUUGGUUUGUGAGGGCUUUUGGUGGUUCUAAUGUGUUUUGAAAGGUUGUAAUGGGUGUUGUUAAGGUUUUCAAAGGGGUUUUUAAGACUCUAAGGGUGGUUACAUAGGUUUUUGGUGUUUUCAAGGGUGAUUUCGUGGUUCUGAGAUGAGUCUGAAAGUGUGGUUGUGAUUUUAAAGGUGUAAUAGAAGAUUUUGAGUGUUUUAUUUA